CACAAACUCAGCAAAAUGGUCAACUUUGAGGAAGCCGCCGAACUCGCCAAGAACUUCUCCAAGAAGCCCACCGACUCCGAGUUCCUGGAGUUCUACGGUCUCUUCAAGCAGGCCACCGUUGGCGAUGUGAACAUCGACAAGCCCGGCAUUCUGGAUCUCAAGAAGAAGGCCAUGUACGAGGCCUGGAGCUCCAACAAGGGUCUCUCCAAGGAGGCCGCCAAGGAGGCCUACGUGAAGGUGUACGAGAAGUACGCCCCCAAGUACGCCUAA